CGUCACCGUACACCAACAGACUCAGAUAUCUACCUAGGUAUAUUGCGAGAUCCCUUACCUCGAAGGCUAAGUAUUUUGGUCCAAUUGAUUUGAAAUUAACAGUUACAACCCUUAUGUAUAUAUGGCUUUCAUAGAUGUAGGAGUGUGUAACCGUGACCUUUGUGAGAGGUCCUGAGUGCCCGAUACCAAGACUACAACUGAGGUCCGACCUUCUUUCAUAUUUAAACCUAGGUAGGUACCUUAUAAAGGAUAUGAUUUAACUGACUUCAACCUGUGUCUUGAAAACACCAUCAUGCCAGAUCCUAGCAAUCUCCAAAUUUAUGACGCCUUGGCUAGCGUUGUCAAAGGUUCCAUCUUGCAACCUGGGAGCAAAGAAUACGAGGCGGACAAUGGCUCAUAUUUCAGCGCAUUCGAGAACGGGGUCCAACCCUCUUAUAUCGUAAAACCAAGCAAUGCCAACGAGGUCCAAGGUCUCAUCCGGGCCCUCCGUCCUCAUAUACUUUCAGGGGAUUGCCAAAUUGCAAUCCGGGGUGGUGGCCACACUCCGUUCGCGGGCAGCGCUAAUAUUCAAGACGGCGUCACGAUUGAUAUGAGGGCCCUCAAGGGCAUCAAUCUGAGCGAAGACAAAUCCGUGGUAGAGAUUGGCGUCGGAGAGACAUGGGCCACGGUGUAUGCCGAACUGGAGAAACAUGGUCUUACCGUAGCCGGCGCACGCACCGGACGCAUCGGCGUCGCAGGGUUUAUUUUAGGAGGGGGAUUGUCCAUGUUUUCACCACGGGUCGGGUUCUCAUGCGACUCGGUGGUCGAGUUUGAGGUGGUUCUCGCAUCGGGCGAGUUAGUUCAUGCCAAUGCAACAGAGAAUUCUGACCUCUGGGUCUCCCUUAAGGGGGGGCUGAAUAACUUCGGCAUCCUGACAUCUUUCAAAAUGAGAGCCUUCAAAUCUACGGAUAUAUGGGGAGGGAUCACAUUUUACAUGUCCAGUGACAUGAUCGACACCUUCUCCAAGCUGAUCCAUAAUGCUUACGAUUUCGUAAAUAACGAGGAAGAUCUGGACGCUCAUGCCAUGUUUAGCAUCGGAUACGGCUUUGGGCAUCAGGCCGUAACGUGUGUCAUGUAUCACACGCAAAGCAAGGAGAAUCCACCUUCACUACAGCGCUUCACAAGCUUGGAGAACCAGGUCAAGGAAAUGUGCACCUUGCGAAAAUCGACGCAUCUUGGCUUCACUGAAGAACUGUCUAAACACUCUAGUGAUGGGAAGCGUCAAUAUUGGGCUUCCUUCACCAUCAAACCAGAUAUCUUCCUGAUGGAAGCUUUCCACCGGAAGUGGCAAGACAUGAUCACCGAAAUCAAGGAUGUCAAUGGGCUUACAUUUUCGUUCGGAUUUCACCCCUUGACGAAGGCGAUGCUAGACAGUUCGGCUAGAGCAGAGGGCAACGCGAUAGCCAUCCCCCCGUCGGAUGGACCGCUAUUCAUAGUUUUAGUCAAUCCGGGCUGGGAUUUACCAGAAGAUGAUAGUAAAGUGUAUACUAUCGUCGGCAAUUUCGUGGCGGAUUUGAGAAAGCUUGCGACUGAUAAAGAGCUGCUGCACCGCUAUAUCUUCAUGAACUACGCCUAUCAGAUGGACGAUCCUAUCAUGGGGUAUGGAGAAGAGAGUGUUCACAAGCUCAAGGAAACUAGCAAGAAGUAUGACCCGGAAGGCAUUUUCCAGAAGGGGGUUCCAGGAGGUUUCAAACUGCCGGGUAUGGGGGCUUGACGGCUUGUGGAUCCUGGAUUAGAUGCUUAGGUAAUCGUACAGACCCCCUUUAGUCUUUCAAGCUGUAUUCGCCUGCAUUUACACCUCGUACAUAAUCCUUAGUACUCUAACAACUUAGGUAAGCAAUAACCAACAGUAUAUACUAUGGUCUAGGGAAUACACACCUCCUUGCAUAUCAUUCAAUCCCUUACUUCCAUUAGCUCAGAAGCAAACGCUUGUAGGUAAUUUUAUCAACAUUGCCUACCUACCAUGUCUUGCAGAUAGGCGCUUUUAUUGGUACCAUAUAUCAAGUUGGAGUAUUGUCCAUGCGUCCUAUCGCAUAUCACCUAUUUGUUCUGCUCAGCCAACACGUCCAAGCCUGUUUUUAUCUUCA